AUGGAAACGAACGAAAAUGGUUCCAAAUACUUCCAGCUUUCGAGCAAGAUUCCGGGAGGUCAGCAACCGUCAAGAUACGCGAUGACACUAAGACAAGUGGAAUGUGGUCUUUGGCCAAUUGGGGGACUUUGUUUUCAAGCUUCCCUGGUAAUAAAUGAUAUAGUGGAACUGGAUCGUGGACACUACAUAUGCACCGUAUCUCCCAACCGACCCCGGCCUGACCAAACAACUGUUUCUGGUCCCAGCUCAGCCGAGGAAAUACAGCACUCGUUCUAUUUGUUGCCACUCAAUGAUCCAAUGCAGCAGUUUCUAUAUUCAGAUGAAAGGUUUGAAUCUGUUGCGGACGAUGUGGAACCAUUUCUGGAUGUUUCAUCGAAUCACGAGAUUGAAAACACCGUUCACGAGGUCUCUCUGACCUUGGCCGCUCCGCCAUUUGAAAUUCAGUUUACUUCGAACAGCACUGUGUGUGCGGGUGACAAUUUGUCACUUCACUGUGUAAUGGAUCCACCGAAUUCGGGCAAUAUGCUUUAUCUGAUCAAACUGGACGAACAAGUGCAUUUAUGGGACCCCAAAUUGGACAAUGACGGUGUGCUGGAUUUGUUAAAUAGUACUAUAGUGGAGGAAUCUUCUUCUAUGGAACAGGGUACCACAGAAGACCUUAUUCAUGUGUUUACGGGAGUCCGGAUGGAGGAUGCUGGUCGUUACUUGUGCACUGGUGCCAUUCAUGGUGUUCAUCGAAUGCGAUGGAAAAGUAUGCAUCUUCAGGUGAAAAAUUGCAAAGCCACAUUCAUUGCAAGUUUCCGCAAACUGCUAACGUCAUUUCCAAACAACAUGACUUUGUUGUUACCCAUUCUGGUACUGCUGAUAAUUUUUAUCACAAUUUGGUUCCGACAUCAAUGCAUGGACAAUGAGGAGGAGGAUGAUGAAACCGAUGUAGAGGCAGCAAAGCAGCCUUACCAGUCUAAUCAACCAGUGGGACNAAGCGAUUCAGACAAUAUUCGGGCCUUAUCGACUCUGUUUGAUGUGCGCAUUGAAUCAGAUGAACCUGGUGAAGGUCUACGGGACUUCACUUCGAACAGGGAAAACCGUUUGUCCGGUAUUAAAUCCACUUAUUAUCGACGUCGUGAACUAAAGGAAGGACGAAUUUCUUCCCGGCGCCGAAGUCUUAGCGUUUCUCAAGGAGCUGGCUCCAGUUACAACUACCGGAUUACUCGGAGUUCUGAAGACUUGCUAAUUGCUGUUGGCUGUGCAGCCUCAAGUUUAUAUUCCGAAUCCGGCUUCUACUCGGAUCGGAAAGCAUCAGACCGUUUCUGUGAAUCGUCGACGAAUAGUCUCUCUUUCGGAAACACGGAGGCAUUUUCGUUACAGUGUGAACAACUGGAAUUUGACUAUGAGUUGCCGUUGGAUCCGAAUUGGGAACUUCCGAGCCGGUGCCUGAAAUUCGGACCGAAACUUGGUGAAGGCGCCUUCGGCGUGGUCUAUUUUGCCCGCCUUUCUCUGACAGAACUUUCCGAUACACACCGAAAACGGUUCUGCAAUUCGUUUUGGGCCUCCAGUGAAUCACAAAACAAUGUGGACAACGAACCGCCAACUUCGAUCCCGGUAGCUGUCAAGCGCCUACGAGCUAAUUUCUCUGAACAAGAAUUGAUGGAUCUGAUGCGAGAAAUGGAAAUGAUGAAACUGUUGGGCAACCAUCCGCAUCUGAUACAACUGUACGGGGCCUGUACACAAGAAGGGUUGGUGACCAUUUGCGAGGGUCGACAACCGUGUGACUCAUCUGACCGAAGUGAUUCUGGUGCGGUGCGCUUGUACCUUAACCAUGGUGAUUUAUCUAGAAUCAGCAAACGAUCUCACCAGUUUCUCACAAAAUGUGUCUACUUUGUUAUUNUGCAAGUGAUUGUUGAAUAUGCUCCACACGGGAAUCUACGUGACUUUUUGCGCUCUCGGCGUCGAAAUGCGCUCGGAUCGAGUUUGAGCUGGAAUGCACUACUUCCCCUCACGAAGCUAACUAAACUAGAUCUUCUGGAUUUCGGUUUGCAAGUGUCAAAAGGAAUGGACUAUCUGUCUUCCAGAUCGGUUGUACACCGGGACUUGGCAGCAAGAAACGUAUUGCUUGGAGAAAACUUUGUGAUCAAGAUUGCCGAUUUCGGUCUCACUCGUGCCGUAUGCGAUUACUAUAAGAAAAUUAGCACCGCUGGUUAUCGAAAUGAUUGUCCACCAUUGGCCAGUGUGGAACUGUACCAAUUAAUGCUCAACUGCUGGAAUGAAGAUCCACAACGCCGGCCGAGUUUUCAGUCUAUCGUGGACUGCCUCACACAGUUGCGCCAAAAUCCCUCGUUAUGUACAAACGAAGAUCAAGAAUGGACCAGUUCAACUGUCCUUGAAAAUGAUGGAAUUCGCAGUUUCCUCACAUCAUCUAAACCGGAGUCUGUAGUCGUCGUAUCUCAGUCUCUAUCCGGAACGGGAGCCAAAUACUCUUCUGUUGAAAACAAGUCGACACUUGGAGGUGGCGGUGUUGGUAGUGGCGAUGGUGGUGGUGGUGAUGAUAGUGGUAUUGGUGAUGGUGGUUUUGUUUACUUUUUACACUGA